AUGACCCUUCUCAACUACCCUGUUCCAGAGCUGGAUGUUACAUUUCAAGAAGUGGGCCGUGUUCUGCAGCUCACUCUAAGUCCUGACAUUUAUCCUGAGUUCAGGAGUGCACUGGAACAGCAGAGGGAGCUCCUUCAAGAGGCUCAGCAGAAAUUAGCAACUAGAGCUUUAGGUCGGGAGAACUGGGUGACAGAGCAGUUCAAGAGAAGUCUGCUGUCAUGUGUUGACCCCCUGCCUACCUCUACAGCCCUCCCUGUUGUUCUUCUUCCAUCCAAAGAAAAGAAAUGUACCCAGCUGGGGAGAGCAGCUGCUCUACUAUGGGCAGCAGCAAAGCUGUACAGUGAGCCCGGGUUGCUAGAGGGCGAUGUGCCCAUGGAGCACACACAGCAGUCUGAGGUGUUCGCUGCCAGCCGGAUUCCUGGCACGAGUCAAGAUCAAAUUAAGGUCUACCCAGACAGCCUCCAUGCCCUCAUUACCUGUGUUGGAGGAGUGUUCCCCGUUGACAUACUGUGGCGUCCCAGCACUGGUGGGCCAGUUUCUGCUCGACCAUUCAUUGACAUCUACAAUCAGCUGGCUGAGGUGAUGGAUCAACCCUGUGCAGGAAAACAGAAUGAUCCCUCUGCCAUAUGCAGCCUCUCAGCUCUGGAGCGUAAAACCUGGGCUGCCAUCAGGGAAGAGAUCCUGGGGCAAGGAGGGGAGGCCGCAGCAUCACUGGGGCUGAUGGAGAGCGCUGUGCUAACACUCUGUCUGGAGGACUGCAAUGCACCUUCUGAAUUGGCUGAUAUACUAAAUGCAGUGAGACUGGGAGGAGGAGGAGACAACCCAUGUCUGCGAUACUAUGAUAAGGUGGUGAACCUGGUGGUGUUCAAGGACUGCACAGCUGGGAUGAUGUUUGAGCACAGUGCUGUGGAUGGGAUGGUGGCUGGGCUUGUGACUGAGUGUGUGUACAAUCUGUCUGAGACUGCUGAUUUGAACCUAGUCCAUACUGAACCUGAAAAGGUGAAUGGAGGGCAGAGAGGCCUGUAUGAUGCCUGGAUCAACUUCUCUUUGCAGCUGUCCCUUAGGCAGACUCUUGGGGAAUCCGCUGCCAGUCACAUGCUUGUCACACCUACACAUAUGCGCCACUACAAGCAUGGCCGUUGCGAUCCUACAUACUCACUCACUAUGCAUUCUCGCAAGUUGAUUGGCGCCUUGACAUCCUGCGUUGGUCCAGAUAACACAAUCCAGUACACUACUGACAUCUUACGCUUGUUUCAUGUUGCCUUUUUGGAACAUAAGAAGCUCAUCAGAAACACUAAAAGUGGUCAAGGUGUUGGUCCCCACCUAGCUGCCCUGCGCCAAUCUUUGCCAUCUGACAAUCCACUGAAGAAGUUUCUGGACCCCUUUGGAUGUCCAUCUGUGUACCUCACUGGUACAGAUCUGAUGGAGGGUGUAGAGUGUGGAGUAGGGAAUGUCUAUGCCCAAGAUCAGCUGGCUGUAACCUACCUUGGAAAAAGAAACAAGGUUCGCAUUGUGCUUAAUGGGAAAGGGAGCUUUGCUCUGACACUGGACAAACUUCGAGAAAACCUGAUGAGAAAAUGA